CGCGCACAGAGGAAGGCGCUUAGUGUCCGCGUUUCCAUAUUUUGCGGGUCAGGACAACAGCCUGCCGGAGUUCCCGUAGGAUUAAACGCACGGAUCGCAGUAAUCCGCCCUGAAACGAGAGCUGGUCGGCGGGAGGAGCUUCAAGACCCGGCAGGUUUGGGGUUGGCUUGGAGUUUUCCACGUGGAGUCUUAGCGAGACGCAUGCGCCUUCUCCCCUAUUUCUCCAUCCCCACUGUACAGAGGGAACUUGAAGCGUUACCUGCUUAAAGGAGCCGCUGGCUGUCAUACACAGAAGCUUGGUGAUAGAGGUUCUUUCCUCAUUUUCCCCUAAAACAGAAAGUUUUAAAAGGAAAACAAACAUUGUGUUAUUCUAAUGAAAGAGGCGGAACUGUGAGAUAAAUCUUGAAAUCAUUCUAUGGGGAGGGAUUAGAUCCAAUUACGAGGAAUAAGAGCGUGUGCUGCUGCUAAAGAUGCGGAAACAACAGCAGCUGUUGAAGUCUGGAGCUUGAUCCAUGUAGGAUACGUGAGCGAGGAGCAGCAUGUCCAAGUUUAAGAGUAAACAUGUUCGAAGUUGCACUCAAAGGACAUGAAGGUUUUUUCCGUGGGAUGUCCUCCGUGCUAUGAAUCGACUCAUUCUCUUUCCACUACUCGGAAUUUACGGGUUUUCUUUGGAGCCUACCCACCAUGUCAAAAGUCAUCCAGAAGAAGAACCACUGGAUAACAAAAGUGAACGAGUGCGCGGUCAUCCGGGACGAGAAUGGGGAGCUGAACGCGGAGCUGCACGGUGGAGCGGAGAAUGGAGAGUUUGCAUACAUUGGACAGAUCAGAGAGGAUGCUGUGGUUUAUCAGGACGGGAAACUGUCUGAGGGAGAACUGCUGCUUGAAGUUGAGGGGCUGUCAGUGUCUGGAUUACCUCUUUAUGACAUCUACACUGUAAUCAACUGCUGCAAAGGACCUGUCAGGUUAAAAACUGUUCGUCAAGGUCACAAGCUCAACAAGGAUCUGAAGCACUUCUUGAGCUUGAGGUUUCAGAAAACGUCACCUGACCAUGAGUUGCAGAAGACUAUCCGCGCCAAUUUAUAUCGCCAUGCUGUGCCUUGUACGACCCGUCCCCCUCGAGACGAAGAGGUCCCAGGGUUGGAUUAUAACUUCCUGUCUGUGGAGGACUUCCUACAACUGGAGGAGAGUGGCACACUACUGGAAGUAGGAACAUAUGAAGGUAACUAUUAUGGGACCCCAAAGCCUCCAAGGCAGCCCAUCAUUGGGACAGUGACUCUCAGUGAUGCGGGUUCCCAUCCGUCUACCCCGAAGCGCACCAAGUCCUACCAUGACAUGCAAAAAGUCCAUGUAGUGCCUGCUGACGAUGACGAUGACGACCAGGCCACGGAAAUGAACAACAGUUUUACAGGAUCCUUAGUGCGUAGUCUGUUCCCCUCUCCUUUGUUGUGCACAGGUAACCCUAACGACCAGGACGAGAGCCGCAGCGGCAUCCUCCGGCCGUACCCCGUGCGUGAUAAUGCUCUACCCUGUGGUCUGAACAAUGCAGCCACUUCCACUGCAGAGAGCGGGCAGCAGACACUUGCAGAGCCCCAAGUCUCUCCAGAGGACCCUCUGGGACCGCUGCCCGAAAACUGGGAGAUGGCCUACACCGAGAACGGGGAACUGUACUUCAUAGACACGGCAAAGACUCUCCACCAGGACAUGGCUGUGUGUUUUCAGAGCUUCCACAACACAAAGACCACAUCCUGGCUGGAUCCUCGAUGUAGAGACAAAGCCCCCCGGCCUCUGGAGGAGUGUGAUGAUGAUGAAGAAGGGAUACAUACAGAAGACCUGGAGAGUGAUAUAGAGCUGCCUCCAGGAUGGGAGAGAAUAGAUGACCCGGUGUAUGGAGUGUAUUAUGUUGACCAUAUAAACAGGAAGACCCAGUAUGAGAACCCAGUGUUGGAGGCGCGGCGUCAAAAAAUCCUGGAACAGCAGCAACCGCCGCAGCCUCCAGAAGGUGAGCGGUAUAUCCGAGAGUGGAUAGAGGAACACUCAUCAGCAGCAGCUCCACUGGCAAGCUAUGCUCCAAACCACCUGGAGACCUACAGGGACCCACAAGUCCCACCUGCUCUUCCUCCUGGCCCGGUUGGAGUUAAGAGAGGGAAACCUUUCUUCACCAGAAAUCCUGCAGAGCUGAAAGGAACCUUCAUCAAUACCAAGCUGAAGAAAAGCCGCCGUGGAUUCGGCUUCACAGUAGUUGGAGGUGACGAGCCCGAUGAGUUCCUGCAGAUCAAAAGUCUGGUGCUGGACGGACCUGCAGCUGUGGAUGGCAAAAUGGAGACAGGCGACGUAAUCGUCAGUGUGAAUGACACCAUCGUGCUGGGCUACACUCAUGCACAGGUGGUGAAGAUUUUCCAGUCCAUCCCUAUCGGCUCAAUGGUGGACCUAUCCUUAUGCCGUGGCUAUCCGCUGCCAUUUGACCCCGAUGACCCCAACACCAGCCUAGUGACAUCUGUGGCGAUCUUGGAUAAAGAGCCGAUCAUUGUCAAUGGACAAGAGACUUUUGACGCACCCACCAAUCAGGCCGGACCCAUCAAUGGAAUGCGAGAGCCACGGCCGCACAGCCCCCUGGCCGAGGUAGCCUCCAACGGUUCACACGGCUACUCCAGUGAUGUGGUCACCCUGGCUUCAGCCAUUGCCACCCAGCCAGAGCUGAUCACCAUCCACAUGGAGAAGGGAGACAAAGGGUUUGGGUUCACCAUCGCUGACAGUCUGACGGGAGGCGGACAGAGGGUCAAGCAGAUAGUGGACUAUCCACGGUGCCGUGGCCUGAAAGAGGGGGACAUCCUAAUGGAGGUCAACAAGAGAAAUGUCCAGAAUAUGAGCCACAACCAAGUGGUGGAUCUGCUCAGCAAAUGUCCGAGAGGCAGUGAAGUCACCAUGUUAGUGCAAAGAGGCGUGGUGCCAGCCAAGAGAAGCCCAAAGCUGGUGCACCAGUUGGAGAGAAAGGACAGUCAGAGCAGCUCCCAGCACAGUGUGUGCAGCCAUCGCAGCGCCCACACCGACUCUCCUAGCCACCCACCCUCUGCCAUGCCCAGUGAGGCAGUGGUCCCAACUCCAGCAGCUCCCACACAGCCUCUGCCGGUCUUGCCCCUGCAGGACCCUGCAGAUGGCACUCUCACCCUCCAGAAGAAGCCAGACCCUUUCAAGAUUUGGGCGCAGUCCAGGAGCAUGUAUGAAAGUCGACUGCCAGAUUGCCAGGAGCAAGACAUUUUCCUGUGGCGAAAGGAUACUGGUUUUGGCUUCCGCAUUUUGGGAGGAAAUGAGGCUGGAGAACCUAUCUACAUUGGGCACAUAGUGAAGUACGGGGCUGCAGAUGAAGAUGGCCGUUUGCGGUCUGGUGAUGAGCUCAUCUGUGUGGAUGGCACAGCGGUAGUGGGAAAGUCACACCAGUUGGUGGUUCAGCUGAUGCAGCAGGCUGCCAAACAGGGUCAUGUCAACCUCACGGUCAGACGCAAGACCCCCGGAUACGGAGUGUCAAAGGGAGAAGGUGACGUUCCCCCAUCGCCGGCCUCCUCACACCACAGCAGCACGCAGGCUCCCAGCCUAACAGAAGGCAAGCGGACCCCUCAGGGGAGUCAGAACUCACUGAACACAGUCAGUUCUGGCAGUGGAUCUACCAGCGGCAUAGGCAGUGGUGGUGGAGGUGGCAGCGGGAGCGCUGUGAUUCCGGCCUCUCUGCAGCCUUACGACGUGGAGAUCCAGCGGGGAGAAAACGAAGGAUUCGGUUUUGUGAUUGUGUCGUCCGUCUCCCGGCCUGAUGCUGGCACCACAUUCGCUGGAAAUGCUUGUGUGGCGAUGCCCCACAAAAUAGGCCGCAUCAUAGAGGGCAGCCCGGCGGACCGCUGCGGGAAGCUGAAGGUCGGGGACCGGAUUCUGGCCGUUAACGGUUGCUCCAUCACGAACAAGUCGCACUCGGACAUUGUCAACCUGAUCAAGGAGGCUGGCAACACCGUCUCACUCAGGAUCAUUCCAGGCGAUGAAUCUUCCAAUGCUUCUCUGCUGACUAAUGCAGAGAAAAUAGCUACCAUAACCACCACACACACACCUCAGACCACAGAGUUAAGGAAUCAUUCAAAGUCAAAAGGUGCUCCUCCUCCACCUCCUUCACAAACUCAAAUGCAGGACGCCGAGUACUAUUCUGUGGACCUGGAGAGGGACAGCAAAGGAUUUGGCUUCAGCCUAAGAGGAGGACGGGAAUACAACAUGGACCUUUACGUGCUGAGACUAGCCGAGGAUGGGGCUGCUGUCAGAAAUGGCAAGAUGAGGGUGGGAGAUGAGAUUCUGGAGAUUAACGGUGAGAGCACAAAGAACAUGAAGCAUUCACGAGCCAUUGAACUGAUCAAGAACGGAGGUCGGAGGGCGCGGCUUGUCCUGAAGAGAGGCGAUGGAUCAGUACCUGAAUAUGACGGCAGCAGUGACGGGCACCCUCCCGCACCCAGGGCACAAAACACUCCGGAAGUGAGAACGUUGCCACCAAAAAGCCGAUAUCACACCUCAUUGGAGUCCAGUUAUCCACCAGACUUUCACAAACCAUCACGCCUGGAGGAGGCUGCACGUGGCCGAGGUAUGGACAAAAACAGGGACUGGGCUGGCUCGGAUCUGAUGGACUUCCACGGCCGGCAGUUUAAUCCCCAUCAUCAUCACACCUGGAAUAACAGUCACAGUCAAAGUACCCUCCGACAGCAGUCUCCUGACAACAGCAAUGACAGCAGUGCUGGCAACAAGAAGAGCCGAGGCCGCAAAGUCAAGAAGUCUGAAUCAGAGAGUGGUAUCUCCAAGCUCCUGAAAACUCUGAGGAAGGACAACUCGGGAAAGAAGGCUGCUGCUGCUGAAAAACUGCGGGGUCGAGAGCUCUCGAGCAGCAGUUCUACCCUGGACAGAAGGUUUCAGUUGCACCGUCGUGGCUCCCUCGAUCGCUCACCAACCAGGAAGCGCAGCUCAUCUCCAGAUCGUCGGCGGGCGAAAUCCAUGGACCGCAGGGCAGAGCGUGCGCACCGGGACCACACACCUGAGAAGGAGUACGAUGAUGGAGGGUUCCUCUCGGUCACCCCUGAGCGGAAACUCUUCGAACGGAAGCACCUCAAGGAGUCCCAGGUAGCUGGACGAGUGAGCGAGUCGUCCACCCCGGACCGCGUCAACAACAGAGGGGAUUCUCUCCCCAGAGGCCGUUCGUAUGAGAAAGCUACUAAGAAUGGCAAUCUUCUGAGAGACUCUUCCUCAGAGAGGAAGGAGGAGAGACACCGGAUGAACGGGACAAUGGAGAGGCGAUACAGAUCGGAGCAGGACUCUUCCCCUGACAGCAUCUAUAGCCGGGAUGAGCUGAACUAUGCAGCAGCGCCCAGACUGAAGGACUAUUACAGCAUGAUGAAGAACAACGCUGCACACAACAAUGCUACCUACAACAAGACAGGACCCAUCAAUAACGCCGGAGGCCGCAGCUCAAACCAGAUCCCUGAGCCCAAGAGAAGGCUGUACAAAGAAAAUUCUAAAGACCUCAGUAUCUAGAGGGAGGAGAGUACCCUCACUGCUCUCUCCUCUGUCCGUACAAACUACGUAACAUACACUGGAAUUGGACUUGUAACAAUACUAACUCUUACUCUUUAUUUGGUUGAAUUGUUUAUGAAUUGAUUUGAUUGACUAAACUACUUGUGGUCCCAUCUAGAGAUUUAUAAAAACAGCAGGAGUACAAUCCCUCUAUCAGUUUAUACUGGUUGUGUUGUCAUUGUUCUUGUUAUUUUGAGCAUAACAGAGGUUGUUGUACUGUAGUAAAGGUAUUGUAUGUGCCUGCAUAUGAAAUCAGUGAUAUUGCUUUUUGUAGGCAUUGUUGACUUUAAAUAUUUGUUCCCUUCAAAGGUCUGAAUAAUGCUUCCAUUUGUGGUAAAUCCUAAAUCCUGAGCUUGUUUUUGAAAUUAUUUUAGGUGUCCUUUUCGCUCCUGAAUUACUGACACUAUAACUACUGAUGGUUCACAAGAACUGUGGAAGUAAAGCAAAGCUCUACAUUUAAAUUGGAUGGUGAAACUAGAGCAUUAAAUUAUAAAUAGUAAUAAUAUAUGAAAUUUCUAAUUUUGCUCUAUUUAUUUAGAAUUUCACUCGCAUCUUGAGUGAGCUUAAUUAAAUCCUUAAGGGCUGAGGUAGAAGUGUAAGCAUGCUGUACUUCAACUUAUGUUGCAUCAUUGUUUGACAGCCCAUAUUAUUCCUAUUAGAAAUUAUUUUCAGUGACUCUGAGGCCCUUUCUACAAUAACACAGAUGUUUUCUGCUGUGCUUCCACCUACCAUCCAUAGAGUUUCCAAUUAAAAACUACAUAUAAAAAAAGCACUAUAAGGCAAAGAUUUGUAAAAACGUUCUCUCCACUGAAUGUCCAGAGAUUAUAUAGGAAACAAUGACCUAGAGAAACACUUUUCUUAGACUUGAUACACAUUUCUUUUCUAGAAACCACGGCAUCAAUAGAGCCAAUUUAAUUGAUCUUUUCUUCAAAAGAAGGCGGAAGUUAAAGAACAUAUUUCCUAAUUUUUACAGCUUUUCCUUUUCAAAUGUGCUCAGCCUUAUAUCUCACAGUAGAUUUAUUCAUUUCCAUUCAGUCUUUAAUAUUUCUAGAGUGGUUUAGCUUGGAUUUGAGUUUUUGGUAAGUAGAAGGUGAGUUUUUGGUAAGAGAAAGUGAAGAAUAUUUUAAAAAAAGUCAUUGUGUGCUAUAAAUGUGUUUACUCUGGAUAUGUGGUGAUUAACCAAAAUUGUGACUUAGAAUCUGACUUUGUAAUUGUCUGCUCUUCCUUUCUAUGCUAAAAACUGUAACAACAGUGGGGUAAUUAUUCUUUCCCACAUCGCUCUUGAUUUGUCCGGACUCUCCUCCCAGUAAGCUGAAGAAGAUCUGAGGACAAAGGAUAAACUCAGUGAAAGGAAAUACGAUCCAGUUGUUUUGAAAGAAUCUUUACCCUAGCACCGCUUUAACCAGGAUUAAUAUUAUUUUAAAAUUGUCAUUAAUGCUAGCAUUAUCACCACCUGCUGGCGAAGCACAGUUAUUACAACAUUUAAAAGUUGUGCUACUGAGUGCAGAUAGAUUUUUAACAAAGGACGAAAACAUUGAAAAUAUCUAGAGUAGUAUAGCUGGGACCUGAGACUUUUUGUUUAAACCAAAUGACUAGUUUUGCCCUUCUCUACACUGAAGCAGCCUCUUUCUACUACAUCCGAAUCUGUUCAUGACAGAGUGAGUUUCCCAAAUUUCUCAAGAAGCCUGUGUAGUAAUUUAGAAAAGUCAGCAUUUUUGCCAUACUGCCAGCUGAAGCUGCCAUAAAGUACGUUUAUUCAGAUAUGCCAAAAAAAAAAAUCAUUAAUUAUCCCUGUGCAAGAUGCAUGUGUAAGUUAAAAUGUAGUGUAACAACCUUGUUAGGCCUAAAGAAACACUGUAAUCCCCAACACUUAUUUCUAGCCCAGCUCUCAUAUUUAUUACACCCAUUGUCCAUCCUCUGGGCCCUGACACGUUGAGCUGAUGAGGUUUGUUGGCACGGUAACGUACAGUGAGUCCUGGUAGAUGAGACAACUAUUUCUGCCACUCUGAGCCACACUGUCACGCCACUGAAGUCUGACUGCUGCUUUUUCAUGUUUUUGUUUUUGUGUGAUUAUUCUCUGUUUUAUGUUUUGUUUGAAAACUAGAACUAUAUAUUGGAUGAACCACAACAAAUGCAUUGUUUCAUCACCGGUGUCACUAUGGUACUGUAUUCAAUAAAAAUACAAAACCAAACAAAAAAUGAGAGAGGGAGAGAUAGAGUCACAGUUAGGAGGUUGGUCAUCACCUGUAAAGAGAUUUUCUCUCCCAAUGUAACUACUAGGAACUUGUCAAGGAAUAAAAUGUUGCCUUUUUCUUGCACAAAACAGAAAUUUAUGAAGAACCUCUGCAGUGAGGAAUGUGAUAUUGUGUUUAUAUCUCUGAAAUGGACCUGACAAUUUAUGGUAAAUAUGUUGAUUUACUCUGGGUCAGGUAUAUAAAGACAUUUUAAAAAUGAAAGACUGUAUUUGGUCAAUCAACAGCUGAUAAAUGGUUUGAAUCUCUCUAUGGUUAGCCUGCCUUUGUAUUAUAAAGCACUUGUAUGCAGUCUGUGUUCUUCAAGCAUUAUUUCUUGCAGUGUGCUCCAGACAUAAUGCUGUCUCUAUGUUGAUAAAAGCAGUACAUGUAUAUGGGCCAAUUUUUUUUUAUAUAACUAUGCAUAUAUAAAUACUACAUUGUCCAUAGCUUUAUUUGACCCAUGAAGCUAUACAUAACAUUAGUCAAAGUAAAAGUAGAUGUGGACUUAUCCAGCUUCUUUUCCUUCAGAUGGAUUACAAUGUAUAUGUAGCUAUCAAAAGAAGUCUGUGGAUGCUAUUUUUAUUAUCAAAUAAAGUUUUGCAUACAAAUUCAAAA